GAAAUGUACAUAGACGUUAUCUAUUGCUUAUGUAAUUAUAAGUCACUACAGGUGCAUAAAGUAAACCGCAACAGGUGAAGAAUUAUGUACUUGACACCGUCAUUUCUUCUCGCAUUGCUUUCAGCGAGUGUCAUAUCUUGCACUUUUGUCCAUGUCACACAGGAACCAUUUUUAUCAAUGGGCUGGACUUUCAAGUACGACCCUGCGCCGGGGGUUGCUGUUAUGAGAAGUAGCUUCAGGGUUUCCCCGAACGAUACGUGCCAUGUCUACAAACUGACAGACAGACAGAGGCACGACAUACACAGUACAUCCGGGGAGUUCAAAGUAGAGAUAAUGAUGAUCGAUGCAGUUGUUACACAUCACGGAGAACCUAUGACUGCACAGGAACUUAACAAAACAAGUUAUCCUCUAUGGAAGUUCUGUGAACACCAGUUACACUUCAUGAAAUACAACUUUUAUGUAUGAGUGACUCUGACUGUACUCUUAAGUAGGAUAUAAAAAAUUAAGUUGUUGAAGCAGAAGAGUUAAUCAUAAAUACUUGUGUACAUCUUAUCGAGAUAAGCAUCACUUUGCAAUGCAUAGAGAAGCAAGCGAAAUGAAUGUUAAAAUAAGACGCUAGAAAAACAUGGCAUGAUUGUCGAGUAUAUUUUCUCUCUAUAACUCUCUCGGAGUUCUUGAUUUCAAUUUCUUAAAGUAAAAUCUAGGUCCCGUUUUACAUAAUUCAUUGUUUUCACUCAUGAUAACUCGAAAUGGUACAUGUACAUGUAGCUCUGUGCAACAAGCCACCGGUCACUCGUAAAAUAUGGUCAACCUUAUAUUGACGACUGUAGUGAAUGCGUAGGGUUACUUGGUUGAUUACAUAACUGACGCUACCCCUUUGCUUCCCUCGAAGGGUAUAUAGGUAAUUUGUAAUUGAUCAAUUUCAAAACCUUGUGAAACUGUCAGUAUAUGAAAUCUCUCUUUAUUUGACCCAUUCUGUGAUUUUUGUAAACAUAAAAUACUAUAAAAUCUAUCUAUCGAUCAAAAACUAAAUUUUGUAUGGUUGAAAUUGAAGUAAUCAAGUAGAAAAUACAAAUGUUAGACUGUUCUGACAUGUCAUAAAUAUAAACUUCCGGCUAAUAUAAUUUUGGAACCAAAGGAACCAGAACAAAGAAGUCCAGAUUGGUUUUUUUCAACUUUCGAUCUCUAGAUCUCUCGAAGUAAAUUCAUUGUCUCCUUAAGUUGGAGUUAUCGACACUCACAUGUCAUAAUUUGUGCCCGUAUCAUCUUAUGAAAAAUUAUACAGCAUGCAUGAUCCAGUAUACGAUAUUAAAUAUUUACUUUAUAUAAAAAUAAAUAAAUAGAAUAUAAAAACAA